GCGAGUGGCGGCGGAGGCAGGGGGCGUGAGGCGGCAAGGGCCCCCGAAACCCCGGGUACCAGUACCCAGGCCCCGGUUACGACCUCUUUCGUGGGCAGCACCUCGAGCAGCUCGCUCGAUUUAAGCACCCAGUCUCAGUGGCAGACCCUGUCCCAACCUAUUUCGACCCUCCACUCGAACGGGUCCAGCCGGGAACUGACCAGUUCCAUAAGCUCCCACAGUGCCGUUUCUGGCCGGAGCUCUGACUCGGAUAUGAAAUCUGUGGUCCAGGGCUUCACUGCCCAAGGCCUGAGUGAUCUGAGCUCUACCAUACCCUCCAGCAUGAACUCAACCGACUUUGGCAUCCAGGGGUUGUCGGUUGGAGGCACACUCCCGACCUUGGGCUCCUCCAUAAUGUCCAUCCAAGGGGUCUCGUCAUCUUCUAUACCUAGCAGCCCCCUGGAGUCCAUAUCAGGGUCUGCCUCUAUCUCGGUAGCCAACAGUCCCAGUGGUUCGCUAGAAGAGCCCACUCAGACCAUAAUGCCUGGCUAUACUUGGGGUUUGACACCAGGAAUUUCGGUAUCCAAUAAUCCGUCUGUAAUGUCGGUCCAAGUACCUUGUACACCCCAAAACAACCCCCGAGUUUCAGGAGAAGAAUCCGCCACACCCUAUAUGCCUGGCUCAUCUUGGUUACCGACGCCAGUACCCACUGCACCCUAUUUCCUUUCCCGGAUGUCCAUACAAAGACCUAUGACGCCGGAUAACUCAAUGCCCUCACUGUUCACCCCCCGGAGUUCCAUGCAGGGACCUCCUCCAUUUUUUGCCACCCCUCGAAUUCAAGGGCCUGCCCUGCCCUCAUUGCCACCUGGCUGUCCUUGGGUAUCUCUAGAAGGAUCAGCUCCGCCCCUGAGUGCUCCUCUAGUCUUAGGACCAGGGUCCGCUCCGCCCUCAGGGCUGGGCUCCCCCGGGGUAUGGGUAGAAAGACCGGCUCCGCCCCAUGACAUCCAGCGAGAAUCAGUACAAGGGUCCUUUCCACCCUGGGCGGUCUCCACUCCAAUCCUCACGAUUGGGGAGAGUGUCACCCAGACCAUGGAGAAUCCAGCAAAGCUGAACACUGCAAGCCACUUGUUCGACGUAGUUGUGAUUGGAGGCGGCAUCUCAGGAUUGGCUGCUGCCAAGCUCUUGUCUGAAUAUGGUAUUAAUGUCGUGGUUUUAGAAGCUCGAGAUAGAGUUGGAGGAAGAACAUAUACUGUGAGGAAUGAGCAUGUUAACUGGGUAGAUGUUGGUGGAGCCUAUGUUGGACCAACCCAGAACAGAAUCUUACGCUUGUCUAAAGAGCUAGGCAUAGAGACUUAUAAAGUGAACAUCAGUGAGCGCCUAGUUCAAUAUGUCAAGGGAAAAAUUUAUCCAUUUCGAGGAGCAUUUCCACCAGUAUGGAAUCCUGUGGCCUAUUUGGAUUACAACAACCUGUGGAGAACAAUGGAUGAAAUGGGAAAAGAGAUCCCAGCUGAUGCACCAUGGCAGGCAUCACAUGCUGAAGAAUGGGACAAGAUGACCAUGAAGGAUCUCUUUGACAAAAUCUGCUGGACAAAAACUGCUAGGGAGUUUGCUACUCUUUUUGUGAACAUCAAUGUGACUUCUGAACCUCACGAGGUAUCUGCCCUAUGGUUCUUGUGGUAUGUGAAGCAGUGUGGUGGUACCACUCGGAUAUUCUCAGUCACCAAUGGAGGCCAGGAGCGGAAGUUUGUAGGUGGAUCUGGCCAAGUAAGUGAACAGAUAAUGGCCCUCCUUGGGGAUCGCGUGAAGUUGAGCCGUCCUGUUACCUUCAUUGACCAGACAGGUGACAACAUCAUUGUAGAGACUCUGAAUCACGAAAUCUAUCAGUGCAGAUACGUAAUUAGUGCCAUCCCUCCAACCUUGACUGCCAAGAUCCAUUUCCAACCGGAGCUUCCACCAGAGAGAAACCAGUUAAUUCAGCGUCUUCCAAUGGGGGCUGUCAUAAAGUGCAUGGUAUAUUACAAGGAAGCCUUCUGGAAGAAAAAGGACUUUUGUGGCUGCAUGAUCAUUGAAGAUGAAGAAGCUCCAAUUUCAAUCACCCUGGAUGACACCAAACCAGAUGGAUCACUGCCUGCCAUCAUGGGUUUCAUACUUGCUCGGAAAGCUGAUCGACUUGCUAAGCUACAUAAAGAAAUAAGGAAGAGGAAAAUCUGUGAGCUGUAUGCUAAAGUUCUAGGAUCUCAAGAAGCUUUGCAUCCUGUCCAUUAUGAAGAGAAGAACUGGUGUGAGGAACAGUAUUCUGGAGGCUGCUAUACUGCCUACUUCCCUCCUGGGAUCAUGACCCAGUUUGGAAGGGUGAUUCGCCAGCCAGUAGGCAGGGUGUACUUUGCUGGCACAGAGACAGCAACACAAUGGAGUGGCUACAUGGAAGGAGCAGUCCAGGCUGGAGAACGGGCAGCUAGAGAGGUUUUGAAUGCUCUAGGGAAAGUUGACAAGAAGGACAUAUGGGUUCAAGAGCCUGAAUCUAAGGAUGUUCCAUCAGUUGAAAUCACUCACACCUUCUUGGAGAGAAACCUGCCUUCUGUGCCUGGUCUAUUAAAGAUCACUGGUAUUUCCACCUGUCUAGCUGCUCUCUGCAUUGUUGCAUACAAGUUCAAACUGCUGUCACGACCUUGAAGGUCUUCUCCCUCUGGCCUCCUGCUUGAUCGUCCUCAGUAUCAUCACCAUCAAAUGGAAAAUAUGGACGAAUUACAGCCUGUGCCAUUGGGCCAUUCAAGUGCACUUGAUUUAACCCUUCUCUGUUUAAUCUCAGUCUGUGUUGAAGUGUAAACAACCCAAAGAAUCUCCUGGUUAAUUUCAGUAAUUCAAGUUUUAUCUUGUUUAUGUAGACUAACUCAUGUUGGUUGGUAGAAUCAAAAUGCCUGUGAGUGCUUAACUUCAAAAAGUUGAUGUGCUUGUGAAAAACAGUUUCUGGGUUCUGUUUUUAUGGCUGAUGCAAAAUACCUAAUGAUUUCAGAAAUAAAGUUUUAGGCUUGCUGUGACUCGUGCAGUUCCCCAUAUGAGCAGAGUGAAUAAUGGCAGGACUUUCUCUUAGGAGGCCUUGCUUACUAGGUAACUCCAUGUGAGACCAACUACACUAGACAUUUCUCCUCUGGACUAUAGCUACACAUCAGUCCUUGUCAGGAAUAACAUCUUGUGUUGCUUUCAGGACAGAAGCAUAAUUUUUUUCAAGUGGUCUUUGGCUUUCCGAUCAUAGAACUAGAUAACUUACCUGUGUCUUCAACCUGGUUAAAUAUUAUCAUGCCCUUUUUUCUCAAGUACUGAAAUAUACAUGAAAAAUUCCUGAUUAUUAUUUACUGAGACUAUUGAAUACAAAAAGAACAUUAGGGCUUUCUAUAAUAACCUCACUUGCUUACAUUAUUAGGUUUUAUAACAGACAUUAAAUUGAGUAAUUUUUUAUAUGGAGAUUGAGUUCUCUAUCAAGAGUAGUGUAGGCUUAAAAUGGUGCCUACCUCUUCACUUUUCCAUUUGAAAAUUUGUCAGAUUUUUUAAAACUUUACGAGCAUUUCAACCACAAGGCAAUUUCUUUUUUAAAAAAUAAACAUAUUUUUAUUUAAGAGGAAUUAAAAUAGUGACAGAGCAGCCAACUAGCCCAGACUUAUAACGUUAGCCUUACUAUAAGUGCUAGCUUAAGUAUCUGAACACUGAUGUGAGGACUUCAGGUCUUCUAAUGUUUUGUCCUUCUGAAGAGCAAAGAGCUGGAUUUUCCUGCCACUCUUUAGCUUGCAAUUCAAAAGUAUUUUAAUUAACUUACAAGGUUCAGUAGUGUCUUGGAUAUGUACCAGUACAUAAGAUGUUGCCACAUUAUAUCAAACUGCACUGAGAAAUCUUAUCCCUAAUCUCUUGCAGUUCUUUCUGUUCACUUACUGCUUAACUCAGUCCUGAUAUACCUUGGGAAAUGAUGAUUUAAACAUCUGAACUGGUAACAGUAUUAAUAGUAAUCAUAAUGUUAACAUUAAAAAUUGAAUAGCAAAGGCCGCCUGAGUAUGUAAUUUUAUCCUCUUCUCUCACAUGGAAUGCCAAUUAAUUCAUCUUAAUGACAUCAACCCUAUUAAGUUGCAGUUUGGGUAUCAAAAUUAAUGUCAGUACAAAUGUGUUUAGACGUAUAAUUGGAACUGAGAUCACCCACCAUAUAUGAGCUUGUCCACCACAAAGAUAGCAUAGGUUAUUUUCUCUAAUCCAGAGAAACAAGUCAGUUUAUGAGAUUGAUAGAACCUUGUUGUAUUAAGACAUUCUAAUCUUCACAGUUCUUUAAGACAAAUUGGCCUUUUUCAUGGUUAGAUAAAAAACUAGAAUUUAAAACUUCGACUGUUUGUCAUAGCUAACUGCUAAAUAAGGUUUUAUACCAUGAACUUACUCUACUGGAGGAAAAAAGUCUUACUGAAGGACUGUGAACCCUGUUUUGUUUGAUUGUAACUUGGUGCCUAAUGUUUCUUGUCCAAAGCUUGUGCCCAGUGUUUCAUGUGGGGGUAUGUAUAUGUGUGUGAAGUAAGAUUUUGCCUUUACAGUACUGAUUUUUUUGUCAAUAAAGUGUAUUACCACCCUUGA